AUGAAUCACUACGAAAAACAGCUGUAUACUGUAUUCAAAACCUUUGACGUAGAUAAUGAGGAAGCCUUAGAUAAGUCUUCUGUACAAGAGUUGUGUGAUGCGUUGCAGCUAGAAGACCGAGGCGCAGCCCUUGUCGACUCGCUGUUCGAGCGGCGUUCCGGUCGUGUCACCUUUACGCAGUUCAGGAACGGGCUGCUCUCCGUACUUGGUGGCAGCGACCCUGCGCCACUUCCCACCACUGCUCCCGCAGCCACACCGACGCAUAGCGACGAGGACUCUUCGGGACGUGAGGCUGCACCAAAGUUUGUAUUUGGCUCCAAGAAAUACGGACGCAAAUCACGGCCACAACACGUCGCGUCUGACGAGGUACCGCGGCCUCGAGUAGCCUCUGAUUCACGUCUAGACGGCGAGCGUUCGAGACAACGAAUAAAGUGCAAACGGAGUGCCUCUGUCAUGGAAAGUCGAGAUUCCACAGCCUUCGAGUAUGCGGAAGAUGUCGCAGGUGACCUUAAUCACGAUAAACGCGUAGAUCGAGAGCGGGCACUUUCGUUAUGUCGCAGUCUUCAGAUGACCGGAAUUGACAGGCAACUUGUAGAUGGUAUAUUUGAAAGUAUGCCCACAAACGAGAUUACUGUUGGUGACUUUUUUGAUCGUCUUAACACAUCUCUCACCACAUCGAUAGCCACUUCUUUGGGUGGCGGCAUGAAGCAGUCACAUGAUGGUCUCUUAAGCCCUACAGAAAAUGAGCUAGAUAAUACCGUUCCGAGUGAUGCUGUGGUGGAGGUAUGGGAGCGUGCUGGCGUGCAACGGCCACGGCGCUUGCUUAUGGAGCUGGGUUUUUCUACUGCCUCAGUGCGUCCUCCUGAUCUGGAACGUGCGCUUGAUGAUGAACUGCAGGCAAUUUUAGCAACUCCUGAUGGCCAGGCAGACCCCUGCAACCUUUUGUUUCAAGCUUCAUUGGCUCUUGUUCGAUUAAGGCUGGAACUAUCGCAGCAACGUAUCUCCAUCGCAAUUGCCGAGCGUGACAAACUGCGCAGUGAUCUCUCUGAAGCAAACCGCCGUGCAUGUCUCCUCGCACAGGAUGUUGACGAGAAUCAUGCUCGAAUUGAAGCAGAAUUGAAAGCAAGCUUACGGCAGGUGGAAAUCCGGCACUCCGAGGCGACCCGAGCUGCUGCUGUUGAGGUAGCUUCCGAACGAGAGCGGGCGGCUGCAGUGCGUGCUCGCCUUGAAGAAGAAGUUUCGAGGCGCACCGACAUUGAAGCAAGAUUGCGAGCAGAUGUCAUGACUCUACAAGAAAGAGUAAAAGAUCUUGAGGCACGUGCUACAUCAGCAGAAGAGCGCGCAUUACAGGCUGAAAGGGAGCGGGCACGUCUCGCUGCAGAAAAUAAGGAGGCGGAGGAGAGUGGGGCGGGGGCUGCAGAGGCAUCGCGCCUUGCCACCUCACAUCUUGAGGCACUGGUCGACGAACUCCGCCUUGAGAAUAAAUCGUUGCGCGACCGUAAUGAUGAACUGUGUGCUGCACUGGAAGCAGCACCAUUACGGCCCAGUGGAAUGCGGGGUGGUGUCAAUGACGGCACCUCAUGGCGCGAUGAGUCUGCGCUUGAUGCUUCACUUCCACUUGAUGAUCAUUAUGAAGAGUGUGAUUCGUCUUCACUUAGCAUGGAUCAAAAUGCACAGCGUGAUGAGGCAAUCAAAAGACUUCAAAGUGUUUGUGAACGCGUAAGAGAAUUAUCAUUGUCUAUGAAUGGAAAAUGUGAAUCAUGCAGCACUGUCAUCCGAAUUAUCGCCACAAUUCAAGCCAGUGUGCUUGAGAUGGGAGAAGGCUUGUUACAGUCUGUAGAAGCUGCUACACAGACAGAGGCUGGCUGCUGUGCGGAUGCUGCAGAGUUGGCAGAGACUCUUGAAACCACAAAACGGACACAUAUGGAGGAGAAGUCCCAGCUAAUGGGUGUCAUAAGCGAACUGGAGUCUACAUAUGAACAACUAAAAUUGGAUUAUGAUAAAUGCGAGGAAUACUGGUUGGCUAAGUUGGACGAAGAGCGUGAAAUAUUCAAUGAGGAGCAGAGGGCUGGUGACGAGAGGUUGGCUGAGCUAGUGAACAAGAUUGGGGAGUAUGAGCGUCAAUUCGCGCAGGCGGCUCUGCCCACAAUCGACGAGCGCGCCAGCCUCGAGCUGCAGGUGACGGAGCUAGAGGAGGAGUUCGCGAAGUUCCGGCGCGACAAGGAGGCCGAGCUGGCGGCGCGCGCCGAUGAGCUGGCGCGCCUGCGCAGGCGCCUCGACGACGCGGAGCGCCGCAUACCGCUGCCCAACCCCACCCCGUGUGCGUGCGCGUGCGGCGGGGCGUGCAGCGGGGCGGGCGGCGGGGCACUGCGCGCGCGCGCCGCCCGUGCCGAGCGCGCGGCGCAACGGCUGGCGGCGCGCCUGGCGCACGCCGACUUGCUCGUCAAGGACCUCUACCUCGAGAACUGCCGCCUGGCGCACCGCCCGCGCCUGCCCUGA